AUGCAUAACGCUAACGACGCCGGUCUGAAGGGCGCUGGUGUCGCAAAGGUGGAGCUCGUAAACGGAGAACCAACCGUGACCCAACGCCUUCGGGGACAACGGGUACUGGUGGCCAUCAGACAACACGCCCCGAUACGGCGACGUAGCUGCGUUCCGGGACCCACGAUCCGAUACGUGUGCCUACUACGUGUUAAAGCCGCCGAUGCAUACGACUUGGACCGGUACGAGUACUGGUGGGGCCCAAACUCCGGAUGGAAGACGGGGAAACUAUUGACGGAGUUCGGUGCUCGGACGGCGGUCGCGUGGCUCAUUGGCCAGGGGCAGAUUGUGUGGAGCGAGUUCUACGAAUGCUAUAUUUUCGCGCAUCUAAGUCCCGGUGGUUCCGACGUGCUCCUACGUACCGCAACGUCGCUUCAAGGCCCGUGGACUCCUGAUGUCAAAGUAUUCACAGCAACGCCGAUGGACGAUGGCCUAACGUAUGCCGGUGUCGCGCACCCCUAUCUCGACCCAAGCGGUCAGACUCUGACAAUCUCGUAUACUAAUAAUAACCAUAUCGAAGUUUUUAAACUCUCAUUUUUGAAAUAA